AGCGGAAGAGACGACGGUCUCCAGCCCUGCUCCCUCUUUUGCUCGCCUCUCAACAUCUCUCCCUCUUUCUCUCUCUCUCUCUAUCUCUGAUUCUGAUUUCCUCGAGGUGUAGAGAGGGCGAGAGCGGGCAGCGAGCUGGGAUUUUUGGCAAAUAUCCAUAUUCCAGACCCAAGAGGAAGGUUUAUUGAGAGGAGAGCAGCGUGACACAAGGCAACUGUAGCAUCUUUCUUCUUGUCUAAAGAAGGAUAACUUCUGCCUGCAUUGAUUUUUGUCUUUAUGUUCAUCAAGUUGAGCUCUAGUACACAUUGUAGCUCAAAUGCCAGCAUUGAGCAUGAAGAGAAAGUCAAAUGAGGGAUGUCUAAGAUUGUGCAAUGUUCAUGCUCGUCAAAAGUUAACCAGGAGAUCAGAAAAAUUUGCUUCUCAGAUUAAUACAGAUGUAGAAACUUCUGAUCAAUGUUUCCAAGAUGAUGAUGGACAGCAGCAUCCAAAAGAAAUUGCUACAAGUACAGAGGAAUCAGGGUGUCGCUCAAGGACAACAGAAUCAGAUGGAGCAUCACCUCUAUUGCUGAACUGGUCCUCGUUAUCAUCUGAUGUUUUAUCCAUUGAAACAAUGGGUUCUCUAACAACACUGUUAACGUCUGAAGAGGAAACAAUUUUCUCACCCAAUUUUGAGGAUGGUGAUUCACAGUUGAAAAUAACUAAUCAUGGCGAUGGAGUUAAAGAUGACACUCCUGAAUUGCCAAAUCUGGUUGCGGAUGAAGGUGAUGAUGGAAACAGUGGCCUGACUGAUUAUCAAGCUUGCAGUUUGUUGGAUAUCUGCAUCUCAGACAGUGUUCCUUCUUUACCAUUUGACAGUAGCAUGGGAUUUACAGAUGUUUCUUUACAUCAUUAUGAACUCACUAAUUCUGACAGACUUUUUGAUAUGGCGGAGAAGUGUGUGAUGCUGCCAUUCCUUGAGAAGACAAUGGAAACCAGUGACAUUCACAGUAAUGAAUCAAUUGAAGAAAUCAUGUUUAACUCAGAUGAUGCAUGCUUUUACUUAGCUACUCAUCAAGAAUUCAACAUGAAUUGUCUAUCUGGUGAUUUAGGAGAAACAGAAUGCUUCAGUCCGCAGUUAGAUUUCAGAUCCAUGCAUGAUAUACAGCCAAUUCCAUCCAGUUGUCCUUUAUUCCCAGAGGACGAAACACAGGAAAGGAAGCCCAUAACUCUUGUGCUCGACUUAGAUGAAACUCUGGUUCAUUCUUCGCUAGAUCACUGUAACGAUGCAGAUUUCACCUUUUCAGUUUUCUUUAACAUGAAGAAGCAUACUGUAUAUGUAAGGAGGCGACCUUUCCUACAGAUGUUCCUCGAGAGAGUAGCACAAAUGUUCGAAAUUGUUAUUUUCACAGCCAGUCAAAGCAUCUAUGCUGCACAAUUACUUGACAUACUGGAUCCAGAACAGAAAAUAUUUUCUAGGCGCAUCUAUCGUGAAUCUUGUAUAUUCGUGGAUGGCUGCUAUACGAAGGACCUAACUAUCUUGGGAGUUGACCUAGCCAAAGUUGCCAUAAUAGACAAUACUCCACAGGUUUUCCACUUGCAAGUUAAUAACGGCAUUCCAAUUAAAAGCUGGUUUGAUGAUCCAUCCGAUGAUGCUUUUAUUCAAUUACUUCCUUUUCUUGAAUCCUUAGUCGAUGCCGAGGAUGUUCGCCCAAUUAUUGCGAAAAAGUUUGGUAAUAAACUGUAGCCUGCUUUUUCAUGGGGAUGCCAUUGUCUCCUUGAACUCAUCAUAUCAGCUUGCAGGCUCACUUCUUCCUCGACCUAAUCAUAUUUAUAGAUUGCUAAUUUAUCCAAAUAGUUUUUUUUUAUUUAUUUAGAUUUGAUCCUGUUCUCACGCUCAACUACAAACGAAAUUGUAUCUAAUUUAUUCCCCAUUGAGCUGUAUAUUAUGUUCAGACGCAAUUGGUGGCUUGAGAAUUUUGUGGAGGAAAUAAAAGUGUUUGUUUAUACCA